GGCGGGGCGAAGAAAGGGAAACCGACAAGGAAUAUCCGGAGACACUACUACUGUACGGUGUCACUUUCUCCCUUUAAGCGGUCUCACGUCGUAUAAAGCCCGAUAUUUAUUUUCGGGCUCUCAGCUUCACAGGGUGCUCAGUCGCUGAGUGAGUGAGCAAGAGGGUGAUGCAGUCGGCCGCUGAGGUUUUGGGCAAAUUCUCUGCGCAAAGGGAGACCCCUCCUUCAAUGGCGGCUGCCCACUUCAUCAACAAUCAUGGGGUCUUUGUAAGACCCAAUUUUGCCCAGAUUCCUAAGGUGGGUGCUCGUAAAGCUCCGACUUUGUGCCUCUGCAGCAGCAGCAGCAGCAGUGUUGGGGAGAAGUCGGAGGUUUUCUCUGUGACGUCUUCGAGUAAGUGCGAUGUCGAUUACUUGGGAGAGAGCACAAAGGGGGAUUUGAACGUGAAAAUGGAACAUCUUGAGGCUUUUGGGAUUGAUGGACAGGUUACCCUGGAAGGUCCAAUUGAGGAAGUUGCGAAGAUGGAAGCUGAAGAAGCUGAGGAUCUUUUAAGAAAGUUGGGUAUUCCUGUAUGUGUCUGUCCGUCUGCAAGUCCUUUCUCAUCAAGACAUUCACCUCGUGGAAUAUUCUGUACUCGCACAUUGAAUCUUCGGUCUAUCAGUGCUAUUGGCUAUGACAUGGAUUACACCUUGAUGCAUUACAAUGUGAUGGCUUGGGAAGGGCGGGCUUAUGAUUACUGUAUGGAGAACUUGAGGAACAUGGGUUUUCCUGUUGAUGGGCUCGCGUUUGAUCCCGACUUGGUCAUAAGAGGACUGGUCAUUGACAAGGAAAGGGGAAACUUGGUCAAGGCUGAUCGUUUUGGUUAUGUGAAGAGGGCCAUGCAUGGUACAAGAAUGUUAUCUACCCGAGCUGUAAGUGAGAUUUAUGGGAGGGAACUGGUGGAUCUAAGGAAAGAAACCCGAUGGGAGUUCCUCAACACUCUAUUCUCAGUCUCAGAAGCUGUGGCUUAUAUGCAGAUGGUUGACAGAUUGGAUGAUGGGUCGGUAGCGGCAAAAGUCGGUCCACUUGAUUACAAGGGCCUUUACAAGGCUGUUGUGAAGGCCCUCUUCAGGGCACAUGUAGAAGGUCAGCUGAAGAGUGAGAUAAUGUCUAAACCCGAACUUUUUGUGGAGCCGGAUCCGGAGUUACCUCUGGCACUUUUGGAUCAGAAGGAGGCGGGUAAGAAGCUUCUGCUCAUCACCAACUCAGAUUUUCUCUAUACGGACAAAAUGAUGAAGCAUUCCUUCAACAGAUUUCUUCCCAAUGAUAUGGGCUGGCGAGACUUAUUUGACAUAGUAAUUGUGUCGGCAAGGAAGCCCGAGUUUUUCCAGACAUCACAUCCGAUGUAUGAGGUGGUGACUGGAGAGGGCCUGAUGCGUCCAUGCUUCAAGGCUAGUACAGGGGGUGUGUACUCAGGGGGAAGCGCUCAGAUGGUUGAGAAUUCCCUCAACAUCCACGGAGAUGAGAUCCUUUAUGUGGGGGACCACAUAUAUACGGAUGUGAGUCAGUCCAAAGUUCAUUUGCGGUGGCGAACUGCAUUAAUUUGCCGAGAAUUGGAAGAAGAGUAUAAUGCUUUGAUCCAAAGUCGGGAUCAUAGAGAGACACUGAUAGAUUUCAUAAACCAAAAGGAAGUUGUUGGAGACCUUUUUAACCAGCUUCGGCUUGCUUCUCAGAGGCGGGCUAAAGGACGUCCUGCUCAAACACUAUCCACUACAAACAUGGACUAUGAAGAACUGACUGAAAGCAUGCAGAAGUUGCUGAUAGUUAUGCAAAGACUGGAUGAGAAAAUAGCACCAAUGUUGGAAGCAGACGGAGAGCUGUUUAACAGAAGGUGGGGUUUCCUAUCGAGAGCAGGUUUGUGGGAUAAGAGCCAUUUGAUGAGACAAAUUGAAAAGUAUGCUGAUAUUUACACAUCAAGGGUUUCCAAUUUCCUGCAUUACACACCAUUCAUGUACUUCCGCUCACAAGAACAGACGCUUGCCCAUGAUUCGUGCUCUCAUUACAAUUGGCAGCAUGAUGAGACCGAGGCCAGUAGCUAAGUUGGAUGUAUGUACUUUGGCAACAAAACCUUACCAAAGCUAAUAAGUGGUGGUGCCAUUGUAAGUUAUCACAAUGUCCUAUGAAAGACACGAGGAUAUUGGCGAACAGCUAAACGGGAGCUCGUGUAGGAGGAACAUUAUGCUUCUAACGAAGUGCCCAUUUGCUUGUAGUGUACCCUUCUGGAGGCAUCUGUUUUAUACAAUCAGAUGAAGCUGCUCAUGUAACUGAUAGAGAGAUGCUUAAUGAACCCGUCAUCGAUGGCUCUGGAUGCCGCAUAAUUUUCCUGUGGCUGUUCAGUAAAUAAAAUGACGGUUUCGUAAUA